AUGAAAGUCAACGAGAAAGAAAUUCAAAUGACCUUCAACACAUAUGCCAAGGGAGGAUCGAUUGCCGCAAAGGAUUUCAACAAAGUUAUCAGAGCCGUUGGCCUAAACCCCACAGAGGCAAGUGCGGCUGAGCUCAAGAAAAAAGCUGGAGGAGGCGCCUGUGAUUUUGAUGCCUUCAAGAAAGUCGUUGUCCCGGAAAUGGAGAAGGCGAAGGAUAACGUUGACGAAAUUAUUGAUUCCUUUAGUGUCUUUGACCAAGAUGGAAGUGGUCUAAUUCCUGUCACAGAAUUCAGACAUGUCUUGUGUACCAUGGGAGAAGCAUUGAGUCAAGAAGAAAUGGCCGAGGUCAUGUCUGAGGUUGAGCCAGCAGAUGGAAAGAUCGAUUACAGAGAAUUCUCCAACCUGAUUUUUGGAGACGAGUAA